AUGGAUCAUAAAAUUUCUAUAUUGGUGAGUUCGGGAAUUUUAUCAUCAUCAUCUUCUUCCGACUCGUCUGACGAUGAACAACGGUUAGGCAUUAUAUUUUCUAAUGACAAUGUUCAUUCAAAACCAAAAAUCAAAGAUUUUGUGGAAAAGGUUGUGCACAAAUUUACUGAUGAUGAAUUUAAGAGGAAUUUUAGACUUUCCCGUGUUACAGCGUACAAAAUAAUUUCUGAUUUUGAAUUGAGUAAUUUUUAUCCAAAAUACACUUCAGGAAAAAAAACAGUAUCGGCCGAAGCACAUAUGCUGAUGUUUGCUGGCAAUAAAACAGUUAUUAGAAUAACAGCUCAGGUGUUUAAUUGUAGUGAAUCGACAUGUUUUCAUGUAAUCGAAAGAGCAAUGGAUUUUUUACUAAAUAUUAUGCCUAAUAUUAUUAAAAUGCCCAAUACAAACGAGGAAAAAAAAGAAACAUCCAAUGAAUUUAAGAAGAUACCUUCAUUGAUUGCUGGUAUACCAAACAUUCUUGGUGCUAUAGAUGGUUCAUAUAUUAGCAUAAGGAAACCCAAACAUAACAUUCGAUCUACAUAUGUCAAUAGGCACCAUGACUGUUCUAUAACACUUCAAGCUAUUUGUGAUGUUAAGAAAAAAUUUCUUGAUGUUUUCACUGGGACCCCUGGAAAAAUGCAUCAUGCUCGGAUUCUACAAAUGUCAUUUAUUUAUAAAGACCAAUAUUUGUAUCAAGUGUGUGGAUCCAAGUAUCAUAUAUUAGCUGAUUCUGCUUACCCUUUGGAAAAGAAUAUAAUAACCCCGAAUAGAGAUUAUGGUAAUCUUACUGUUACCGAAAAACAAUUUAAUAAAAAUCAUUCUAAAACAAGAGUAGUUAUAGAAAACACUUUCGGCCUUUUAAAGGAGUGUUUUCGUCAUUUAUUAAAAUUUGAUUUUGCAUUGACUGAAAAAGAUGCCAAUUUUGUACUGGCUUGUUGUGUUUUACACAAUAUGUGUUCAGAGGAAGAUGAUUUUAUAACUACAGAACUACCACAAGAAGAACCUCAAAAUAUAACAUUAGCAGAUUUAAAUCCAAGAUCUUUAGAUGCCCGUACAAAAGGAAUGGCAAAGCGCCAAAUAUUAUCAAACUCAUUGUAA